UUAAACUCACCUCCAACACCCAUUCAGCCGCUUCCCGCUGCCUAUAAACGGCAGUGUACGCCGCACGGCGUCCCUGAUGCGCCACCCUUGCCGCCCGGCAGCGAGCCGGAAGUAUCCAGCCCGUCGAGUUUGGAAUUUUGCAUUCCGGCCCCGUGCCAUUUCAGCAACGAGAGAGAGCAUUCCCACGCGCGGCGCCUAAGCGCUGGGAGAUGCCGCAUGGAGCAACUGGUCCAAAGAGGAGCCGCCGCUCCCCCAAGGAGCAUCCUGAAGAAAGGCGCUUCUCGGGGUGAGGAGCGUGCCUACGAUGUCUUCAGGAAGUCCGGGUCUGCGGAGCUGUUGGACGGCUGUACGGGGCGGGGCGCCCACUUUUUGGCGACGUCCACUUUCGAGCGCGAGCCGCCCCCGCACCAGCAGGUUUCCUCCAGCCUGCCCUCUGCGCACAGGAAGCACUUGGCGUGGAGGACAAUGCACUUCCUGGAGGAGAAGGUCCGCUUCUCCAACUUUCUGGAUGAAAUUACCUGCCGCGUCAUAAACCCGCCCCACCUCAUGCCAAUCGUCAGGGGGCCCUCCCGAUGCCACGGAAGCCCCACUCCUCGACCCCGGGACCGCCACCCGAGGAAGCGGACGUCGGACGGCGAGUCCGCAGACCGCAAGCGGCGUUGGGACAGAUGGGUGGCAGCGCUGCGGCGGUCCGAGGGGGCGGGUUAUAGAGAGGAAGUGCUGAAGGUAAAUAGAGGAGACGAACGGGGACUUCCUCUUACGGAACAGGAAGUUGUGUCACACAUUAAGGAGGUUUUGUCCGACUCGGACCGUAUCAGAAUCCUGCAGCAGCAGAAUGAGGAUCUGCGGCGACGCCUGUCCCUCUCCAGCCACAAAAUGGACGCCAUGGAGGUGGAGUUUGACGGUAACCGCCAUUACAUGGAGGCGGAGCUAAGCCGCACCAGGGAUGACCUUGACAAGAUGAGGGACAAGUUUCGCCGACUCCAGAACAGUUACACAGCGUCUCAGAGGGCCAAUCAGGACUUAGAAGAGAAACUUCAUGCUCUGGCUGCUGUCAGUCAGACCUGGGUCCAUGCACUGCGGACGGUGGAGCGAGACAAGAAGACAAUGGACCAGGAGAUGGUAGAGCUCACCAACAAGCUGCUGGAGGCCAAGAACACCAUCGACCGCCUCGAGGAGCUUAACGAACGUUACCGACUGGACUGCAACCUCGCCGUGCAGCUGCUUAAAUGCAACAAGUCGCAUUUCAGGAACCACAAGUUUGCUGACCUGCCGUGUGAACUUCAAGAUAUGUUGAACAAACACAUGAAGAGCAGCAGCCUGCCUGAGCGAAGCCCCGGCCCCCGCAGUCAGGACCCGGACACGCUGAGUCUGACUCCUUCCGACGUGGUCCCGACCUCCAUGAUCGCUCGCGUCCUAGAGAAACCCGAGCCGCUGCUCCUAAACUCGGCGCAGUCCAGCAGCCGCGGCUGGCCGGCCGCCGAGGACGUCUUUGUGCACGUGGACAUGACGGCUGAAGGGCGAGGUGCCGAGGACGCCGUGCCCCGCGACGGUUCGUGUCGGGACCCCGAUUGCCCGGAUGCCGUAGAGGAGGCGGGUGGCGCGCCGUCCUUCGAGAAGCUCAACCCAUACCCGCCGCCCCCGCCGCCCAACCCGCUCUACCCGGGACGCAAGGUCAUCGAGUUUUCCUCGGACGACAAAGUGAAGAUUCCCAAGAACAGUCCGCUUCCCAACUGCACGUACGCCACCCGCCAGGCCAUCUCGCUCAGUCUGCAAGGCGAGCAGCAGCCGCCUCCGCCGCCCAGCCCCGCGCCCUCGCGCGCUGCGCUCCGGCAUCACGGUGGUGUCGCAGACACGCCCUCCAGCCAGUCCAGCCCCUUCAGCAGCCCGCCACAGGCGCCCAGCAUGGGGGCCAGUUCUGCCAGUUCUUCCGAGGACCUCUUGGCCAACUGGCAGCGGUUGUUUGUGGACAAGAUGGCGCCCUCAGUGGCGGGCGGCGGGGCCCCCUCGAGGGUGGCAUACUCGGACGGCGAGGAGGGCUCCACCCCCAGUCACGCCUCCAGCGUCGACACGGACACGGACGCCGAGCCCCGGCCCGAUGCCAGGGGGGAGCGGCUCCUGAUGAACUCGGACCCGGACCGAGAUGGCGCGACGGUCGUCAUGGUGACGGCGCACACCUGCGAGGAGGAGGAGGAAGAGGACGAGGAAGAGGAGGAGGAGCCGGGCAGCCUCGCCCGAGAUUUGCCUGUCAUUUCCCCCAGCCUCUUGGACUAUGACUCCGCCUUCGCCGCAGCGGCGCUGCCACGACCUCACAGGAGCCCCAAGAGGAUGGGGGUGCACCACCUGCACAGACACCAGCAAUAACACACACACACACACACACAACCAGGAUCCAGCCAUACUUGUCUGUCGUGCGUGCGUGCGUGCGUGCGUGCGUGAACCUUGGAAGUUUUCUUUUGAAGGGAAGGACGUUCUCUCGGUGCCUCAGUAACGUCGCGUCUCCCAUUUCUUUCGUUCGCAUUUCACUUAGCAUUCAAAUCGAACCGAUGUCGUGGCAAGAUGGCUUCGGCAGGUUGUAUAUAUAACAACAAAGUGGAUCCAAAUUGUGGAAGAAUAUUUUUCUACUUUGAGCUAUGUGAAAACAAUGACCACGCCGGGCCACACGUUAGCAUGUUUUAGUCACGAUGUUUGAUUGUUGUCGAUUUUUCUUUUUUUUUGGGCGCCAUUGUGAUUGUUGUCGAUUCCGCUGAAUGUGACCCACCACUGAGCACAACGAUCGAUCGGGUCAAGAUAUCUGUCGUGUCGGCCCAGGAUUGAUCUCAUCUCAUCGAUGGACGACGUGCGACGGGAUCAAAUGACGAUCACGUGACGACGAAUGUCAGUAUUUGAAAAUAAAGAGGUGCUUUGUUGUGGUUGGCGGGAGGACAACUUGUUUGUCUUCGUCUUCAAAAGGGCUGCCGAGCAUUUUCAUAUUUCAUCAGAGUGGCGAGCGGUCCGAGUCCCAAUAGAUUUGACGUGUCGCCGGAAUGAGUCGUCGGCAGUCGUCCUUUUCUUCGUUUUUACCUUCCCGCUCUCCUCCGCCGACCUUCGCCCCGCUUGACUUUGACGAGGAUUUUUCUCCAUUUCUCCUUUUCAAUCGAGACAUUUUAUUUCUAGUCAUGAUAACUUUUGAGGUCGUACGUAAAAUAAGCCAGUUUGCUCAUUCGAUUCAACCUAAAGUAGAAGCGGAGAAAUGUAUUUUUGACGUGGCCAAGCAUGUCCCACGAUGCAUCAGGGAAGCUCACAGGAAGUGCCAAUGACCGCUCGGCAUCUUCUUGAAACAUUUACACCCGUCAACGUAUUUGUCACAUGGUUUAGGUGAGUAAAUGGAAGGUUAGACGGCACUAAUGAAUGCAACACUAGCGAACUCGUCACAAGUUUGCGUUUCUGCGAUGAGCAAUUAGCGACGAGCUCACGUGGCGACUACGUUCAGUUCAACAUGUCCGCCGUUCACCAAAAUGUCAGCAACUCGGGCCGCCGCUGCCUCCUCGUCAACAGGUGCUCGCACAGUCUGUGAUCUUUGAGGUUCCAUGAACUUCGCCUGAUGAUUGAUAUGUAAACUGAUGUAUAUUUUCAAAUUAAUAAUAAUAAAAAUGAAAAAAAACAGUGAA